AUGGUGGGAGACACAGCGGCACCAGCUUCUGCGUCCAUGGUCGAAGACGCAGCGGCACCAGGUUUGGUUUGGCAUACAGAGCCUGGACCAAAAGGAAAACUUCGUACAGCUUCCACAGGCAUGGGGCAAGAACAGUUGACGCAGUUGGCUGCUUGCUGGUUUGGAAGUCCUUUGCGGAAGAUGGAGCACAGCUGGGCUUCCAUGUGCGCUGCCCGUGUGCUUCAGCUGCUUCAGGGUGGUUACAUCGAUGGUGAGCGUGGCUUCCUACCUGAAGGCCUUAAAGAUUUGCGUUUGUGGCUAGAAGUGGAGGCAUGCCAUGCUGAAGAAGUGAAAGCAAGCACUGGCUCCGUGUCUCAGAGUCUGGAUGCAGAACUUGCAGAGCUCCGGAGUGAUCCCGCUGAAAGGAGAUUCCUGACUUAUGGCAUGGUUUGCAAGCAGGUAGCGUUUCUUCGCACUCAACAUGACCAAGACGUUCCCUCAGCGUUGGUGUCCCGAUUUCUGGCGCCAGAGGCUUCCAAGAGAUUCGUGUCGCGCUUUGCCGAUCGAAUACUUCCGGUAGACUUGUCCUCGCAGCCCAAAGCUGAAUCUUUUAGCCGUCAGGAGCCCAAUGUUCUGGCGGCUCAUGCUGGGCGGCAGUGGCGGCUGCUGUACGAGCCCUUCCGCGGUGGCUGGAACACCAUUUCAAGAGAGGAUGCCUUCGAAGCCUGCAAAGAGAUUCUCGGAGCAGACAGCCAGUCUGCUCCGGCCUUGGCUCGGUGCUCCUCAAAUUCGCUUUCAUUUGGCUUGUCGGGAAAUGCUUUGGAAAUUUUUGGAACAUGUUGGAACGCUUUUGCAUGGAUGCCGAAUAGUUUUCUACUUUACACACUUUAA